UGCGCAUGCGUAGAAGUAGUUUACUGACGUCAGUAAGUUGCUUCGUGGCCAAAUAAACUCUGUAACAAAUAUCGUGAAAAAAUAUACUUAAAUCUAAUAUUAUCAAAGUACCUCGGUCUUAUUUGCCCAGCAGUAUUAGCCAGUGCUUAUUCAAGACUACUUAUAUGGUUGAAGAUCAAAGAAGAACACCGCCCCUUAUUUUAGUUAGUUUUAGUUCACCAUUUUGUGCCCCUAUGACACGUGCUUGUACUGUCCUCAAUGUUAGCCAGACGCCGUCGUACCACUUCUGGUUCUGAAACAGAUCAGAAAGAGAACACUCCGCCAAGACCGUACGCCUCAGGUGGAGCCACUGCAUAUAAUACGCGGGGUUCUCCCUCAGGAUCACCAAGUUUAUCGACAAGGCCACAGGCCCCUCCCCCUUCGUUAAGACAAGUAGACCCAGACAUGACGUGCCGUGAUCGGACCAACGAGUUUAUGUCGGCUGUGAAGUCCAUGCAGUCCAGACAGGUAAUGAAUGGCAGCCUCCCCUCCAGAAUGAGUAGUAAUACACUGAGGCAGAGAAGUCAGUUCACACAGUUGGCCAAAAAAAUUGGAAAAGACAUUGCCAGCACAUUUGCUAAACUGGAAAAACUUACUAUUUUGGCCAAAAGAAAGUCCCUGUUUGAUGACAAACCCGUGGAGAUCCAAGAGUUGACCUAUAUCAUAAGACAGGACAUUGGCAGUCUUAAUAAACAGAUAUUCCAUUUACAAGAGCUGGUGAGGUCCCAAAGAAAUAACAGCAAACAUGUACAGUCACAUUCAAAUUCAGUGGUUGUAGCACUUCAGUCAAAACUUGCCUCCAUGUCAAAUGAUUUCAAGUCUGUAUUAGAAGUGAGAACCCAAAAUUUGAAAGAACAGAAAUCAAGACGGGAACAGUUUUCAGAUUCCCCAGUAUCAUCUUCACUUCCUCCUUCAGCCAUGACAGGAUACAAUGGUUCUGUAUUACUAAAGGAUGAUGUCGGCCAUAAUGAUGUUGCUAUUAAUAUGGAUGGCAUGGACAGAAAUAAAUUUCAACAACAAAUGCAGCUCAUAGAUGAACAGGAUUCCUAUAUUCAAAGUAGAGCAGACACUAUGCAGAAUAUAGAAUCCACCAUAGUAGAACUUGGAGGGAUAUUCCAACAACUGGCUCACAUGGUCAAGGAGCAAGAAGAAAUGGUCCAAAGGAUUGAUGCCAAUGUGGAAGACACUCACUUGAAUGUGGAAGCAGCUCACGGAGAGAUCCUGAAAUAUUUCCAGUCAGUGACUUCAAAUAGAUGGCUUAUGAUCAAGGUCUUUGGAGUGCUCAUUGUGUUCUUCAUCAUCUUUGUUGUAUUCCUGGCUUAAACUGAACACUUCUGGUAUCAGAAUAACAACUUUUGGGCAACAACUACCACAGAAAUGUUUCAUCUUAAAGAAUGGGUGUUUCUCAGUAAGGGACUUUUCUGGUGGUUUUUAUCUAAAUAAAAGUGGUGAGCUGAAGGUGCGACAGACUCAUAUAUUGAAAGCACUUUCUUCUCUCAAACACAUUCAUUUGAUGGGGAUGUGAGAAAUUUUAAAUUGUGAACUUAUACAGAGUUGCCUGUUAAGUAAAAUGGAUCAUUGUUAAGAACCAGAGGAGUCUUUCCACUGUUCACUGGUAGAAAGGUGGAUCAGGGGACACAUUAUCUACAAUUUCUCAAUAUGUUAGAAUAUUUAAGAAAGUGCCAUCAGAAAACUAAGGACCCACAAAUUCAGAGAAGGUGCAACUACUGGGACUGUGAUAGGAUGAUGGAAGUCUGAGGUGUGCGUGGCUAAAAUUGUACAUACAUUUAUACAUAUAGAACACAUAAUUACCAAGGUGACGUACAUGGUGCCUGCUCUCUUAAAGUUUACUUGGUGGUGAACUGAAAUUUAACCGUUCUGGGUAGCUAUUUGGGGAAAUUGGUUAUUUAUUCAUAUUCUUUAUAUCCAGUGACAAAUCAGGAAUCUACCUUUCAAGUAUUGCACACAAGAAAUGAAAGGCUUUACUGUUCUCUGCAUGCCUGGUGAAUUAGGGCAGCUUGGAUGCUGCUCUUCAUGUAAAUUUAAUCAGUAGUCCAGGGACCAAUCAAGUGCAAUUUUGCUGGUCACAUAAUAUUUGCAUGCUAAGGUUUCCUUGGGCUUUCUCAGUGAAUUGGGAGAAACAAAGUUUAUUUUGUGUCAGUUCUUAAUAAAAAAACGAACAAG